AUGGCCGGCGAACCUCCUCGACGCGAGAGAAAUCAGCCUGACGCUGACAUCAAGGCAAAACAGUAUGCGGAGUUCGAGGAUUGGGCGAUGGCCAAUAUCGAGAAAUUUCAUAAGCAGACUUGUCUGUGUAGCAACAAGUGCACUGAGAUCCUGGAGCGAAUCCAACUGAAGGAAGUUGCCAUACACGAUGCAACACGAGUUGCUGAAGGGACUCAUGAUGGCCACCUGCUGAGCCAAAUUGAGAAGGAAAAAAAGGAGCUGGCUGAUCUUUACCGGAACACUCAAAAGUAUCGAAAUGACUUGGAAAAGGCGAGGAAACGCUGCGGCCAGCUAAAGCUGAUGCUGGAAAGUGGGUUGAGGGAACUUCGACCGAGAUUUGUGGGUGCCCUAAGGCUUUUAUUUCGAUCAUAA